UGAAAGAAUGUUAUAACUUAUAGUAACAUAAAUAUUACACAUAGCGUUGAAUGAAAAACGACUUGUAACCUAAAACAGUAACAUUUCAAACAAAAUGAACUUUCAACACUUUGUAUCAUUUGUGUUAUUGUUAACACCGAAUAUUUUAUUACACUGUGCGUCGGCGGCGGUGCACAGCCAUAGCUUGGAUAACACGGAGCGGGAGUCGGACGGGGCGUACCGGCCGCGAGAUGCAGAGCACUACAACGACGCGGGUCAUAACGUCGAGUUUGAUCAUGAAGCGAUUUUAGGCAGUGUGAAGGAUGCUGAGGAGUUUGACAAGCUGUCGCCCGAGGAGUCGAAGCGGCGGCUGGCGUUGCUGCUUCCCAAGAUGGACCUGAACGGAGACAAGUUCAUCGACCGGGAUGAACUUAGGAAAUGGAUCUUGAACUCUUUUAUCAACCUCUCGCGGGAAGAAGCUGAAGAGCGCAUGUCGGAAGCUGACGAGGACCGCGACGGGACGGUCACGUGGUCGGAGUAUUUGCGCGACUCGUUUGGAGUGGAUACUGAGGAGGAACUCAAUCCGGAGGAUACUGGGGAUACUGGCUUGUUGGUUCGUGAAGAGAAGACCAUGUGGAAAGUGGCAGACCGGGAUGGUGACGGGAAACUGGACUUGGCUGAGUUUGAGGUGUUCACAAACCCAGAAGAACAUUCAGUGAUGCAUCCGUACCUAGUGGCGCAGACGAUGCGAGACAAGGACAGCAACAACGACGGGCUCAUCGACUUCAACGAGUAUGUGGGAGAGAGAGGAGUCCAACAAGACAAAGAGUGGCUGAUUUCCGAACGCGACAAGUUCGACCACGAGCUGGACUCGAACCGCGACGGGAUGCUCGAUGAGAAGGAGGUGCACCGCUGGGUCAUACCGGAUAACACUGAAAUAGCAGAAGAAGAAGUUGAUCACCUAUUCGUAUCAGCCGACGAUGAUCACGAUGAUCACCUAUCAUAUGAUGAGAUUCUGAAUCAUCACCACGUGUUUGUUGGCAGCGAGGCUACGGGAUACGGCAAUGAUAUCGAUAGAUUUGAUGAUGAACUGUAAAUGACCAUAGACUGUAGUCUGUACCUGUAGUUUUGUACCAUAGACAAGUUGGAAUGGCAACCUAAAAAAAAACUUGCAUGUUGUACACUGUAGAAAUCGGAUAAAAAACACGAUGCAUUUUAAAGCAAUCGAGAUACAAAUAAGUAUGAUGCAAUUUGUGUUACUUUAAUCCUACUACUACUUCUACUACUAUUCCAGCCUUUUAGGACGUCCACUGCAGGACAUAGGCCUCCCCCAAAGUUUUCCAUAACGACCGACCAGCGGCCUGACUAGCGGAUUUAAUCCUAAACUUUAACAAAUUCGAUUCGUAAACAUUAAAAUAAAAACUUGGGUUUUUUUCCAGUGUAUGGAACUUGGAAACUACUUUUAUAUAAAGCUCUCUUGUAUUUAUUUCUUAAUGACAAUCAUUCGUUUUUAUAGAAUGUCAUCUGCAAAAUUCAAUAUUAAACGACUCUAUAAAGUGUACAUUUGCAAGACCUAAAUCAAAUUUUUACAAAUACAAUAUUUUUUUGGAUGAUUUUUCACAUUUACUGGAUGUUUUCUAUAAAUGAAUAAUAAUUAAUUAACCAUAAAGGACUUUUUCAAAUUGUAUUUAAAAAAACUGAAAGUAAUUCAUAUUAUAACCCCUGAAAGAUCAGAUUUUAUAUUGAUCAUAUUAUCGUCUUGGUCAAAGUGUCACUCGCACAUUUUUUAGAAAAAAAUAUUCAAUAAGACUUUUAAAUUCAUAAUGUAAUAUGUCUGUUUUUAAAUCGUUUUAUACAAAAAUAUACAUGCAUACUUUUGAAAUAAGAUAAUUAUGGCCAGUUAAACACCCAAAUUAAUUACGAAAAAUUUAAUUAAAAUUAGUUUCUAGUGCCAUAUUUAUUCAUAAAUUUCGAUCUUUUAUAAUGAUAAUUUUUGUAGUUAUAUUGAAAU